AUACCCCUCUUAAGAUCUGUUUUUUUUUAUCAGACAUUCAAAUAUUGUCCAUUAAUUUUAUUGAGCCACCCUUGAUAUUUUCUUCAAAGAAAACUCCAAAAAAGAUAACCAAUUAGCUUUUACAUUUUACCCACUCUGUUUUGAUCGGACAUCCGAGUAUUGUCCAUUAAUUUUAUUGAGACACCCUACAUAUUUUUCUUCAAGAAAACUUGUAAGAAAAGAAAACCCAUUAGUCCUUUUUGUAUUUUAAGUGAAAACUUGUUGGUUAGAAAUACCAUUUCCAUCUAGCAGCAGAUCCUCCAUUAAGAUCUGUUUUAAAUCUGACAUCCAAAUAUUGUCCAUUAGUUUUAUUGAGCCACCAUAAAUAUUCACUUAUCUAGAUAUUGUAAGUGGCAGAGUGGCCUUGCUGUUACGAUCCACUGAGAUUUUAUUGCUCCGAUUAGUAAGAAAAAAGUGAAGCAGUGAUGAUGAGUGAAGGAGGAGGAGAUUUGCCAAAAAUGGUGCUAAGGGUAUUAUUGGUAGAAGCAGAUGAUUGUACACGUCAGAUUAUUGCUGCUCUGCUUCGUAAAUGUAGUUAUAGAGUUGCUGCAGUUGCUGAUGGUUUGAAGGCAUGGGAGAUGCUAAAGGAAAGGCCUCAUAACAUAGACCUUGUAUUGACUGAGGUUGACCUGCCGUCAAUAUCCGGAUAUGCACUGCUUACUUUAAUUGUGGAGCAUGACAAGUGCAAAAACAUACCUGUUAUAAUGAUGUCCUCCAAAGAUUCCAUUAGCACAGUCUUGAAAUGCAUGGUUAAAGGAGCUUCCGACUUUCUUAUUAAGCCUAUAAGGAAAAAUGAGCUGAGGAACCUGUGGCAGCAUGUUUGGAGAAGAAAAACCCAAAAUGCUAAGAGCCGUCCUCAGAAUAAAGUUGCUGAAGAUCAGAAAAUUGUAGAAGUGUCUGAGAAUGACACAGCAAGUAAUUAUUCUAGACAUAGAGAAGCUUCAAAUAUGUGCAAUGAUGAAAGGCAUGAAGAAUGUGUUGAAAUGGUUGAAAGAUCAUUUAUGCCAAAAAAUAAAGCACUAGCAAACAUGACCAGCUCUGGAAUGGGAACUUCUUCCGGCACUGCGCCUGACAGCUCAGUUGCUAUUGGUUCAGAAGAAGGCACUCUUUGUGCUGAACCAAGAGUUAUGGCCAAUGAAGUGCAGCAGGGAUGUUAUAGUGAAAAUGCGUGUACUGUUAAUGAAGUUGAUUACCAGUUGAAUGAAGCCGUUGACUUGAUCGGGAAUAUUGAAAAUUACUUGGUUAAUAAUAGUGACGGACAUUCUCAUGACAGUGGAGAGAAAUCAAAUCUCGCUUCCAGGUUGGAUCUUUCUUUGACAACCUUUAAUCCUAGUUGCUCAAACGAUGAAGCGUCCUGGGAGGAGCAGAACAUGAUAAGCCAUACAAAAGCAUCUGCCUUCUCUAAAUAUGAAAAUGCGAAGACAUUACAGCCUCUUUUCUCUGAAUUGACUGGCUGUUCAGCCCCAUUGACGGAAGGCUCUAGUCCCUCUACUUGGGAGUGUGAUACUACAUUGACCGAGAAUCAGGAAAAUGAAACAGCUCUGGUUAUGCGCCAACCAGGAAACUGUAAAGCUGCAAUAUCAGUGUCCAAUACACAAUCAGAUUCUCAACAAGUACAGAGCCAAACAAGUUCUUUGACUUAUUCAACUUCCGAAGUACAACAUUUGGAGCAUGACAAGCAACCAUUUGAUGAUAAUGUGGAAGAAGCAGAUAACAGAAAUUUAGUAACAGUUGAAAAGGCUAUAUGCAGUUCUGCUACUUGUGGAUCUAGUGAUUUGGGAAGUGGUGUGACAAAUAAGCAUAGUAGCUCUCAUUGCGGAAGUGUUUCUGAUGAAGCUACAGAAAGUUCCUUCGCAGUUGCAAGUCCCGAGAGAGCUCCUGCUUCCGAGACUCUGAAUUACAAUGACGUCCUUUGUCAUGAUAGGACGAAAUCAGAGAGUCAUAGCACCAGUAAAAGGGAAGCUGCACUCAUGAAGUUCCGGUUAAAACGGAAAGAUAGGUGCUUUGACAAAAAGGUUCGAUACGAAAGCAGGAAAAGACUUGCAGAGCAGCGACCCCGAGUAAAAGGGCAAUUUGUUCGUCAGCCGCAAAAUGGAACUCAGCCUUUGAAGGACGACAUGCAAAUAGUCCAUCAAUGAGAAAAUUAGUUACUCUCACUAAUGUUUGUAGGCAAAUGUAGUAUAGCCAUGAAGGUAGAUACAGGUUUGUAGUUUGUGUGUGCAUGUCUUGUAAGCUUGGGAAUUAGGGGAUUGAUGAUAGUUGCAACUCAAGAUAUUUCAACUUUUAUUUAUUUCUUUGUUUAUAACUUAGUAGGUGAAAUUUGUCUUGCAUUUGGUAGCAAGUUUGAAACGUUUGAUGGUGAAAUCUGGAAGAAUUUGUUGUUUGUUAUUCACCAUUGAUUGGGCACUGAACCUGAGACUUCAUUGAUUUUGUGUUAUGUAAAUAGUCGCAGAAGAAUAUUGAAGGAAAAUUAUUCUUA